AUGUCUUCCACUGUCUCUAUGCCAGCAAUCCAAAAUGCCACUAAUCAAACUUUGUUGCCUGCCUAUUGCAGAAAUCCCUACGAAUCCGGAAUUUUGCAUGAUCUCGUCACACAUGUCAGUCUCAGCAUUGCCAUUCUCGGGAUACCCGCAAAUAUUUUGGCUCUCACUGUCCUUAACUAUCGAGUCAAAAGCCGGAGUCCUACGCACAUUCUCCUUACAGCUCUUGCGAUUGAGGACAUAUUGAUAAUAAUUUUCUACAGUCUCUACUACAUUGCCGCGCAUUACUAUGAAACGUAUAAUAUAUUUUGGCUUAGACAUCUGCGCUACAUCGACACACCUCUCUUUUACAUGGUGAAUUGGAUUAAAAUGAUCGAAAUCUACACCGUGAUCUUCUUAAGCUUGGAGCGCUAUGUUGCUAUCAGGUGGCCACUAAAAGCCACUCGGCUCUGCUCAGUGGGGAGGACAAAGAGUGGACUUCGUAUAAUUGUGGUACUUUCAGGAAUUUUUAAGCUUCCCAACCUUAUAUUCGACUAUCGCAUAUUGAAGUGGAAUACGGAGUGCCAAAGCUAUAGACUCGAGCCCGUUUUCAGCGCCGCAUCAUGGUACGCCACCUUUAAGCUACUUUACGUCCAGUUGCUUGAUCAGGUUUGCUCCUUUGUCAUUCCAUUAAGUCUUCUUGUCUUUUUAAACUCGGGGCUCAUUUUACGCAUUCGUCGCUUCGCCAAACGCCACAUUCAUGGUCAAUGGACUGGAGGCAAGACAGUAAGCUCUAAUGCCUCGGUUAACAGCAAUGUGUGUUACUCAGACGCCUCGCCUUUAAAUUGCAAUACGCUCUCCUACAUUGACCAAAUGACAGUUACACGAAACCUGGCAUUCCACACAUCCUUUCGAUUACGGCGCAACCACUCUGUGAAGCUCUUAAACAACCAAGAAGUGGACUUACCCCAAUCAGUGGAAACCCUAAGCCGGACCAACAUAUCUCCGGACGGGAUUGGUACCAGCAGCGUCGGACCAGAGGCGCGGCAACGAGGCAUGAACUCAAGCAACCGCAGCAUUCUUCUUACGCUGAUUGGUGUAGUCACCAUUUUCAUAAUCUGCGAAACGCCCACAACAGUGUGCUUCCUGUUUGAAAUGGUGAAUCUCAUCUAUCGUCUUUGCAACGUACAUGAAGACGAAACAACCAGUGUAGAAAAUUCAUUAAUUUUUGUUACCUCUGAACACCUCUCUUACUACGCCUACCCGGCCGCUCUUGUCCUUGUGCUUGUAGGCUGUGCAAGCAACUUUUUUAUUUAUAUUUUGAUUGGUAGACGGUUUCGGCGAAAUUGCAAACAGUUGUUGGUUAAUGUGACGCAUAAAUUAUGCUGCUGGACCCGCAGGACAAAGGAGGAGACGGAUUCGGGUUUCAUACACCCUCUCAAACACUUACGCCGAAGCAAAGCUAGAAGGGGUGGACUCUUAGCUCCCCACUUUCGACCAACGUCGAUUGAGAGGGAUAAAGCUGUGUCGAGUAACUCACAGAAGAACAUUGACUCCGAGGCUAUGACGACGGUCACGGCACAGCAAACACAAAAUGCAGAAGUGCUAACUAGCACAGGAUCCUUGAAGCUGAAGUUCUAG